CCCCAACUUAUUAAUCCCUCAAAUUAUCCCCAAAUGCCCAAUCGAAUCCCAAACAAUAAUAAACUAACAAACGAAUCCAAAUGCAAAAAGAAGAAAAUUGCAGGUUGCUAUAAAUGAACCUUCAAUAUGUGACAUCUCGCCUUCCUCUCCUUCCAAAGAUUGAGUGGUAAACUCAUCUUCUUCCUCAUCAAUAGUGACAGCUUUCAUAUGACCUUCUUGCCCAUUGUCUACGAUCUCUCCCAAUGUCUCAUGCAUCUCCUUGAAGCGUUCUUCAUUGGCUUCUUGACGGCUUUUGAUGCUUUAUACACCUUCUAACAGUUGCUUUAGUCCCACAUCAUCAAUGCUAGCUCGAUGCAUCUCCACCAUAGUUGAGUCAACUCCACACUUCUCAUCUUAUAGCUUCAUCUCGUCGAGAUCGGCAUCAUCCUCUCCCGAGAACUGCUUCAUUGCUUGCAUCAUCAUCAUUACGGAGGGUUUUGUCUUGAUGCUCGAUGCAUGCAUGUCCUAAGAGUUUAUGUGUUCGAUCGAAAAUACUUGAAUAGAGAUAGUAUACACAUCUUUCUUCGUGUAAUGCUAGAUGGUACGAGUUCCAAGUUUCUUAUAGUAUCACGUCUUUGUAUGAUUUACAAUGCCCUUCUUUAUAGCGAGGUCGAGUUCUUCAAAACAAAACAUACUAGAGCAUAUUAUCUUAUAAAAGUACCAAACACAAUGUUGGAUUCUUUCAAAACGGUUACAUAAUCUACGACAUCAGUGUCAAAACUCAAAAAACUUGAUAUGCAAUAUGUAAUAGUAUUACAAUUGAAGUGAUAAAAAUUCUAGUUUGGUUGAGAUUUUCUAUAAUUGACCAAAUUUCUACUAUCUAAUAACAAAAAAACAAUAAAAGAACUAUUGUUACAUGGUUUCAUUCAUCCACAAGAGAUAUAUCAUCUCACCAAAGCAACUGGUGUAAUUGGGAAAAGAACUAUUGUUACAUGGUUUCCCUCACCAAAAUCUCCAUUCUUCUCCAAAUGCAAUGCCAUUCCAGCACCACUCUCUUCUCCUUCUUCCUCCCUCGUCCCCCUACUUCUCCAUUCAUCUCUUCUUCCUCUUCCAAUCCCAAAAGCUUCACCAAUUGUUCCAAAUCCUCAAACCACAACAAUCCCCGCUCCAUACUCCCCUCGCCGGACUCACACUCCCAUCCCAAUGCUGCCACCACCAGAAUCCCCACUCCGCCGUGGGUUAAAGGUCCUCUCCGCCUCCAGCCGCACGAGCUCGCCAACCUCUCCAACAAUCCUUCCAAACCCCGCAAAGCCCAAGAAUCCGCAGAAGAAAAGGCCGACAAGGCGCUCACCGCGAAAGAAAGCGGUGUGCGAGGCAAGAAAGCCAUGUCCAAAAUCGUUCGAAGCAUCGAAACCCUCCCCGGAAAUCAACAGCAAUCGCCGGUGGUGGUGGAUUCCUCCUCCUUCUCCCUGGGAAGUUCUGAUUCCGACGAUGCGAAGAAGAAGCUCCCCUGGGUGAGAGAAGAGAAGGUCGUGCGCUACAGAUUGAAGAAGGAUAAAGUGGUGACUCAGGCCGAGUUGGUUCUUGAUCAGGAACUGCUCGAGAGAUUGAGAGCCGAAGCUGCUACGAUGAGAAUUUGGGUGAAGGUGAAAAAGCUUGGGGUGACGCAGCGCGUGGUUGAUGAGAUAAAGUCGGCUUGGGAGAGUAAUGAGCUCGCCAUGGCUAAGAUUGGCCUCCCACUGUGUCGCAAUAUGGACAGGGCAAGGGAGAUUGUUGAGUUGAAGACUGGAGGCUUGGUUGUUUGGACAUGGAAAGACAGUCUUGUUGUGUAUAGAGGAUGUAAUUACGAAGUGACUAAAAAUUCUGGUAUAAGCAAUAUGGUUGGUGAUGACAUAUAUGGGAUCCCUGGGGAAGACUUGUCAUUGUUUCAGAGAGAAGGAGAUAGGUUAUUGGAAGGCUUAGGACCCCGGUUUGUUGACUGGUGGAUGCCAAAGCCGCUGCCAGUGGAUGCUGAUUUGCUGCCUGAAGUGGUUCCUGGAUACAUGCCUCCUUCAAGGCGUUGGCCUCCUUAUGGUCGGCCUCAGCUGAAAGAUACAGAGUUGACAAGCUUGAGGAAGCUUGCUCGUAUUUUACCCACCCAUUUUGUUCUUGGGAGGAAUAGAAGGCUUCAGGGUCUUGCUUUUGCAAUCUUGAAGUUGUGGCAGAAUAGUAACAUAGCUAAAAUUGCUAUAAAGUGGGGAGUUCCGAAUACUGACAAUGAGCAAAUGGCAAAUGAGCUUAAGCGUCUGACAGGUGGAGUGUUGUUGCUUCGUAAUAAGUUCUUCAUAAUACUAUAUAGAGGUAAAGACUAUCUCCCUUCUGAAGUUGCAACGUUGGUAUCUGAGAGAGAAACUGAGAUACGGAGAUGCCACCUGGAUGAAGAAAGCUCACGAAAGAAAGCAGCCGACUCAGUCCACAUUGUUGUGGAUCCAUCGCUGAACAGCAGCAAAACAGGAACCUUAUAUGAAUUUUGGGAUAUCCAAAACAAGUUUGGGGGGUUGGUUAAGGGGAAAAAGGAGAAUGAACUUCAAUUAGAAGCUGAGAAGGCAAACCUUGAAAGGGAAUUGAGAAUCCAAGAACGCAAGCUUUUCAUUCUCGAAAUGAAAAUAGAGAAUUCCAUGAGAGAAUUGACUAAGUUGAAUUCUGAGUGGGUGCCCGCUGAGAAUGAUGCUGACCGUGAAAUACUCACAGAUGAGGAGAGAGAAUGCUUCAGGAAGAUUGCACAAAAGCUGCGUAGUAGCUUGGUUCUUGGCAGGCGUGGGGUGUUUGACGGUGUGGUGGAAGGGUUGUAUCAGCACUGGAAACACAGAGAAGUAGUUAAGGUUAUUACCAUGCAGAGGACGUUUACACAGGUCAUUUAUACGGCUAAAUCACUUGAAGCAGAAAGUGGUGGGAUUCUUGUGUCAGUGGAAAAGUUGAGCAAAGGUCAUGCUAUAAUACUCUACCGUGGAAAAAACUACAGGCGGCCUCAAAAAUUUCAUUCUGAGAAUCUUCUAACGAAACGAGAAGCAUUGCAGAGAUCAAUUCUGAUGCAGAGGAUUGGGUCAUUGAAGUUUUUCGCACAUCAAAGACGACAGGCUAUCACAAAUAUGAGGUCUGAGCUGGAACAACUUCAGAAAUCUGAGGAAAGGAAUGGAAUAUCAAAAUAUGUCAAUCAGUGACCUGGGUAGUGAUUCUUCCUGAACCCUAGGAGCAAACAAUGCCCUCUCACUCAGCAGCUGCUGUUAAUUCGUUGAAUGUCUGAUGGCAAUGGAUAUGAAGGGUUGUCAUGUGCAGGUACCUUCUUUCGUUACUGUAUUUGCUUCCCUGCAGCAGUAAACCUGUGUGACAUGUUCUAAAAUGUUCACAAAUUCGCAAACUUGAUUCCAUUCUGUUACCCGUCUUAGAGUUUGGUGCCCACACUCCCUAUGAAGGAAAACGGCCGCAUGACAGCUUCGCCAAUAUAGACAAUCCAGCAUUGAUGAAUAAUAUCUAGCCAAUAUAAUGAAGGCUUAUAAAAACCUUCGUCAGAUCUCCUGACACCCAUAGAAGGCCAUUAUUUCUGUUGUUGCAGCAUGUCUUACCUGAAAUCAUGAGGCAUCUAUCAGUUGCACUUGCUUUCUAGACGUGUGCAGCAAUUCACCCUGGUAAUUAUGGAUGAUAAUCAAUUGAAGUUCGGUAUCUACAAUAAUGCAACUAUGAAUUUGCUUAUGCGGUCUUCUGUUGGCUUGUCUAUGAGUUCCAGCUGUUAGAGUCAAAGUGAAAAGGGCUUUAUGGUGCCAGCCAAUGAUACAGAAACUUUACUCGAAUUGCUGGUUGGCAUGGAAAACUAUGCCAGAACCGGAACUUAUCCCUCUCCCUUCACUUGCUCCAUGGCUGACCAGUAUGGAUUCAGAUCAGAUUUGUAAGUGAUUCUAUGGUUGUUUGAAUUCCAGGUGUACUGCCAUUUUAUCUGUCUUACUAAUAUGCGCGUCAUUGCCGUUGUCUAUCAAUCUGCACAGCAACAUUUACUCAUUGCCACCACCAAUCCACAACUGCUGCUUCCACGGCGGAGGAACAAUACACAGACCAGCUUCGGAAGGGGACCUGCAAACCUUCUGGCAUCCCUUUCAACUGGUUAUGUUCAUCUGGAAUUCCCUCCAGCUGUUCUUAGUUGUGUAGGAACUUAUGUAGCGAACCAUGACGCCAUGAAUUCCUAAAUAACUCUCGACGAAUGAAUUUGAUUCGUGGUUCCAAUAGCUGUUAAUUUAAAUCAACAUGUACGUAUAUUGGAGCCUGAAUGACGUACAAAUUACAUCACAUUUGAGUUGAGUUGGAGAGACAGUCGUUUUUACAGCACCAGAAUAUGCAGAGAUGAUUUAUGUUCUCUUUUACCUUUUCUUUUAUCAUGCUUAGUCAUCCUUCCCAAAUACAUACAUUAUUUUUAACAUCAUGUGAAAGGAAAAAAAUAGAUAAAAUUACAGGUCUCAGUCUAGCUAGGGUAUAUAUCCUUGCACAUAACAGCAACAUCACAAACUGACCCUGAAGUUCGGGGACGCAAGCAGCAUAAAGCAAGGGUCAUUGACGAUGAGGCUCUCGUCUCUUUCCCUUGGGGUUGGGAUGUUAACCCUUAACUCACCAGACCAAGCCUCGUUUCCUUCUAAUAAAUCUAUCGACACGGUCAAUGCUCAUUCGAGAUUUCUCGUGCUUGCUCGACUUCUUGGACUUCUCCAGCCGACUGUCUAAACUGUUUCUCGACAUUUGAGGUGGCGGUGGAAGCUCUGCUGCUACCAAUUCAAAAGUAUCUUCUGCGGUUCCAGGUGUGUCCGGUGGUGCUUUAUUCUUACUCUCUGCCUCUGAUGAUACCGUCGUCUUAUCGGGCUCUGCAUUAGCCGCAACAGUGGCUGCUGCUUUUGCAGAUUUCCCCAGUGAGACUACAAACUUCUUGAGAUGCUUAAUGAAUUCUGGAUAUAGCUCGAGGUUGCAGUGUCCCCCUCCAGUUAUCCAUAGAGGUUCGUAUUUGUUCUUACAGAGAUCCCACAGCUGUCUUCCGUGGGAGCAAUCCACGACUUCAUCUGCUGUUCCCUGAGAGUUUGGAAUAACCAAAUAUGAAUCAGCAACACUUAGGAAACCCCUAUAAUGGGUAUAAGUUUUAAGAAAAUGCUAUUACUUCAUAGGGACAAAUUUGGAAACGAAACUUUACUGGCGAGGUGCCUUUUAGUCUUGGAUGCUAAUAAUUUGCGAGAAACAUAGUGGAAUAGUCAAUAGUGGUUCCAAAAAGUCAUAUUGAAGAAGUGUGUUUAUAUUAACGUUUAAACCAAACUUGUUUCAAAUUGCUUAUUGUUCAGCCAAACCAAACACACCCUUGUUUGGUCAAAAGCUACUGUGACCUAUAGAAACCAUGUAGGCAAACUGGCUAAUGAAUUUUAGAUGACACU